UGUCGCUUAGCGCCUCAGUUUUUAGCAAUGGUUGCAUUUGUAGAGGUGCAGUCCAGCCUGGGACAGAGGCUCGAUGGGCCACGUGUCGGUUUUGCCCUGGCCACCGCUCGAAGCGGAGGCUCCAGCGGGUCCGGGUCCGGGUCCAGCCACGUGGCUUGGGGCCUUGGCCUUGGCCUUGGUCUCGCUGGACUUGCUGGAACAGCGAGGGGCCGUCGACAGAACACGGCUAUGGCUGCCAAGAAGAAGAAGGCCAAGGGCGUUGCCAAUGCCGCCGCCAAAGCAGCAGCCCUGAAGGCCUUACAAGCGUUGGAUCAGGAUACUGAAAAAAAGCAGGAAGAAGCGCAGAAAAAGAAGAGAAACGCACGAAAUGGAGCAGAGGCGCGGCAAGCAGGGCAAGCAGCGCCUGAAGCUUCAGUUUCGGAAAUUCAGGCACCGCCUGAGAAAGUCGAGGAGGAAACAGCUCCCAAAGAAGAGAAAGAAGUGGAAGAAAAGGUACCUGUGACGGCCCAAAUAGCCGAAGUGAAGAAGGAAGAAGCGAAAGCACCUGCCAAGGAAAAUCCACAGGUUCAAGAAAAAGAGACUGUGUCGACGACCUCCGACCUUGCGGAUCUCUUGAGUCAAACCAUGAAAGAAGUCGAGG